CACCUCCCCAGGCGGCAUCAACCUACGUAGUAGCUCUCUCCAUCAUGCCGACAACCUUCCAUGGUGUGUUGCUGUCGGAUGACCUCAUGCUUCGCAUCUCGCGAUUUCAACAAGGGGUUCCACAGCAAGUACUUCCCCUCGCAACGUAUCAUCAGCCGACCUCAUCGAUCCCCAUGUCGGAAGUUCCUGCCAUCACCUCGCUCAUCCACCAGUGGCUAACCCUCCAUGGACAACAUCAACUGCCAAAACUAUUGACAUGGUGCCCCCGUGUGGGUCGACUCCUGUUGAUCCAUGCCGUUGCAACCGGCCAAGUCAAUCUCCUCCAGGUGUGUUUAAGUAGCCUUGUCGAGUCGGCGGAGAAUUUGAUGGAUGUGGCGGCCUACAUGGGUCAACUGACGAUGGCGGUUGCAUUGGUUCCGUACACGCUCGAUGACGAUGCCAUCAUGGCGGCGAUGUUCACGGCGGUAUCACGUGGACAUUUGAACAUUGUGGAAUUUCUGCAUCGACAGCUACCCUCAAAAAGUCCUCAACUGCACAUGCCACACCUCAUGGAUGUGGCGGCGUCCAACGGUCAUUUGUCGGUGGUUCGAUUCCUCCACUUCAAUCGACAUGAAGGAUGUACGACCCUCGCCAUGGAUCAAGCCGCCAGUCGAGGUCAUUUGGACAUCCUGGACUUCUUGCAUGUCCAUCGACAGGAAGGAUGCACUUCCGCUGCCAUGACCUUGGCUUCCACUCACGGACACGUACCGGUCAUACAGUGGCUUGUCGAACAUCGAACUCGAAUGGCUUGGCGGUGGUCCGACGCAAUCUCAAGCGCCGCAGCUAAUGGACAUGUGGACGUCCUCGGUUACAUUUACGCGAUCAAGCCUCGCGCGGGAUGGACAAAGCAAGCAAUGGAUGUCGCGGCUUGCAAUGGCCACGUGGAUGUAAUGCGAUUCCUGCAUCGACAUCGCAAGGACGGGUGCUCGGAGGCGGCCGAAGCACUCGCCGCCGCCAACGGCCAUGUGGAAGUCGUUGCCUAUCUAAAGGAACAUGGCGAUGAGCUGGUGCACUGCGUGUGUUGUGCAUGCGGCUUCGUCAAGCCCCGGUCCCAUGCGUGUGCUGCCGUCGCUCGUGCCGCCAUGCGACGACGAGUGUGCGUCAAGUAGGGGGGCACGUUUUAUUUACAGUGAUGUGUACUUGUUAUGAGUAGUAAACACUUUUUCGAGUGAAUUCUAAGCUGCAUAAAU